AAAAGCAUCUGUUCUAAAAUCUCCCAGGAUCAAGGUCUUUUUGUGGAUUGCGGUCAUUCAACCAGGACUUUGUAGGAGGACAUACCUGUGACUACAAAUAAAAGGUCUUCCGGAGGAAAAUAAAUCAAAUGAUGAGAGUGCAUGCCUGCCUUCUCCUCCUGUGCUGUGCCUGUCGGCUGGUGACAGCAGGGAUGAGGGUGGUGCUGAGCCCCCUGGACACUGAGGGCAGUGUGAGUGCCCGUGUGGGAGGUGUGGUGUCCCUGAACUGCUCGGCGGAGGGCGGAGGCGUGUCGGAGCAGUCGGAGGAACUGGAGUGGCACCGCAAUGGCCAGUUGCUCAAGCUGGACCCCCACAACCACUUCAGUCCCAGCAGGCUGUGCGUGCAGAACGUGACCACUGACGACCACCAGGUCACCUUCACCUGUCACCUGAAGAGGAACCCCACUGUGGCGGCCUCGGCGGAGAUCAAAGUGCACUUUCCCCCUGACCUGUCAGGCAGUGAGGACGUCAAUGUGCAGGAGUCCCAGGAUGCUUCGCUGUACUGCUCAGUGUGGGCCUACCCGCAGGUGGCAGUGACCUGGCUACGGGAUGACCAGCCACUGUACCUGGUGGGCCAAAGAAGAUACACUCUCUACCAGGACAGCAGGGAGGCUCGACUCACCAUCACUGGCGCCCAGCGGGAGCUACACCAGGGCCGGUACAGCUGUGUGACCCGUUCCUGGGAGUUUGGCGAGAGGUCCAAGACGUUUCACCUCCUCGUUGAAGAUAAGAAGAUGGCCUUCCCGCUGUGGCCAAUGGUCGCUGCUGGUGUGGUGGUGACGCUCACCGCUGCCCUGGCCGUGGUGGCCCGGUGGGACAACGUCUCAAAGUGCUGGAAAUAAGAGACAAUCGGGAGCAUGCCUGUGGAUCAUGCUUGAAAUUCAUAUGAAAUAUUUUGAUCACUUUUUGGUACUUUUAAAAUAAUGCAUGAGAUGUAUUUGUGAUAAAAAAAAAAAAAAUUAAAUCCCAACAAACCACAAUGUUGUUUUACUGUCACAACAUACACAACAAAAACACAAUAAGUGACAUGUUAAUGAAUGGUGAAGGACAGAGGAUUACUUUUGUCCUGUGGACAAGGUGUACUGUAUGUCAUAUAAGAGGUAUCACAUUGUUGACUCAUGUAGGCACCCAUACCACCUGGCUUAAUCCUUCAAGUUACAUAUUGACUGAGGACAAGAGAAGAAAAGGAACAGGCCGGGUUCUUAGAACGACACUGUCACUAUCAAAUAUCAUGCCCAGGGAAUAAAACCAUUAAGGUUAAAUAUUGAUGCUUUUGGUCAAAGGCACCGAAUUGAUUUAGUCGACUGACAUCACUUGACACCAAGGUCUCUCACUCUGGAGAGUGCAUAAAGGACACAUGCAUAAUUCAGAACAUUAUGCAUUAUGUGAUUAGAUAACCUUUUUGGGCUGAUUUUCAGGAAAUAUGUCCCAGAGUUGGGUAAAAUGAACUCUGAUUUUGAUUUUUAAAAAUGACAGACAUGAAGAAUUAUUUAGAACAUUGUUAUGAGUUUGAUAUAUAUUUGAGCAGCACCGCAUUAAGAAAGAAAAUAUCUUUUGGAGUGGCUAAACCCAAGGUGCCAAGCUGCGAGGAGUUUGGAAAAUGCUGUUUGAAUAAUCAGCCAGCCGCCGAGGUGGAAUCAAGUGUUUCCCACACUACAAAGUCAAUAGGAGCGAUCGGCGUGGCCUUGCAGCUUUGACCCGCAUUCUCGAGGCGGCAGGGUGAAGGAGAUGGUGCUGCCUGUGAUAAGAGCUGUUUGUGUGUAUGUGUGUGAUGCCCUGACCCUCACAGUAAUUCCUCUCCAGCACCAGCCCCUCAACACUGGAUGUCAGGCAUUCCACAACCCCGUGCAGCCAGCCUGAAGGGACACACACACAAAGAGAGAGAGAGAGAGAGAACAAGAUACAUUCUACUCUUCACUCUGUACUUUUGCACUUUCUCUCUGUCUCACACAUGCACAUACUGUACAUACAUACAAUUUCUCUGACUGUCAAGCCCACACAUAUGUGCACAUAUAUACCGGUACACUAUUUCUCAAUAAAAUUAAGUGAAUUACACUUCAAUCACACAUUGGACAUUGUUUGGUUCUGACCACAAGUAAAACCUUUGCGGCGAUUGUUUUAUUUUGAAAGAACUGUCAGAUAUUCUGUGAAUGUAUUUUGAGAAUGGAAAAAAUGGUGGAAG